GCGGCCGGCACUUGUCGGAAGCGAACGCCACCGCGGGACUCGCUAUCUGUAACACCGGCUCCUCACUCGAUCUGGCACUGGUGUCGCAGUGCUGCGCGUACUCGUGGACACGAGCCCGUGACACCUGCGGUUGGGACUAUAACUACCCCAUCGUCCUCUCGCCCUACCAUCCGAGACGUGGGGAGGGUGUUUUCCGCGAGUUGUGCACGAACCGAGAGCCCGCCAGUGGUUGGGUGUGGAAGCCGCUGUGACGAGACAGUAAGAGGAAAAAGAAGGGGAUGGAAAACGUUUCACGACGAAGGGGAAUGACAUGCCAAGUGGAUUUACGGAGUGAACAGUAUCGUUGUGAGCACAGAGAUACCAGGAGUCACUUAGGACAAAUACUGUGAAGCUCCAAGGUGAAAGCAAGAGCCGAUAUGUUUACUUCGAACCUUGACUGCAUUUCUAAGGGCCCGCGAGUGCUACUUACUGCUAGCGUCUCCACUCCAACAGAGCAAUAGCUAGACUGUUAUUCUCCGUUCGGAGAAAAACGCCGCUUUUCAAGCGCCGUCGCGCGUCGCAUCUGUGCUGCCUCUGCGUUUGUCAGGAAAGGAAGCUUGCGUGCGUUGCUCAAAUUGCCAUCUCCGAGAUUAGGCGGCGUCGCGCGUGACAUGGAGACCGGACACGCGUCAGCGGUUUGUCGCAUUUGUGGACGGAAGAACUCCCAGUGACUGGAUCAUUCGCCAUGCCCAAGCGCAAGCGUACGAAUGACGACCAAGGGUGUUCUCGGAGCAAACCGAUGUCAAUCACGUCAGCCUUCGAGUUUGAGAACAGUCGUUUCCACUGCUUCAGCAUAAACUAUCCGACUACGUGCAGGAGCAGCGAGGGUCGGCCUUGCGAUAUUUUCAGGGACCUUACCACAUGGAACAAAUUUUUCACGGAUGUCGGUCUCCUGCUAAGGGAGCUUUACCCUGGCCAACUUUCUCUCGUCACAGUGGAUGGCCUACACAUUCCCUUGGAGUCGCCGCGACGCCAGCACGCGGCCGCUACGCUUCUGCACCGCCUGCUGAUUUAUCACAGCUGUUUGGUUUCCGUGGUCUUGACCAGCCGCAUUAUUGAGAACCACAACCAACUCAUAUGCGACGCGUUGCCCAAGAGCCCGAGCCUUCGAAAGCUCGAGGUGUGCAUGUGCGACAUCACCAUGCUUGAGUCACAGAGCUUCGCUGUCGCGUUUCCACUCCUGAACCAUCUGCAAGAGCUGAACUGCGAGAUGAAUACAUUUGAGCGGAGUUUCUGCGAGGGUCUUUCGGAGUUGCUGGUGAACACCGCAUCCCUGAUGACGCUCAAACUAAGCGCAAAUUUUAUGGAGGACGAAGACGGGGUGGUCAUUUUUAACGGACUCAAGCGAAACAGGACAGUUACGACGCUCUCGUUAGGCAGGUGCGUAAGCAGGUUUUUGCCCCAGUGCGGCUUCGUGUUCGCCGACUACCUGUGCGAGAACCAGACGCUUCGUAGCCUGAGCGUGACGUCGUGCUGCCCGAAAGACGACUACGUACCGUCUCUGAUCAUCCGCUCGCUGUUCAGCAAUACCACUAUCUCCGAGGUGAGCCUGGUCGAUUUCUCGCUGGAUAACGAGAACAGCCGCUUCGUAGCCGAGAUGCUCAGUGAAAACCGGUCGCUGAGGGCGUUCCACAUGGUAGAGUGUGAUUUGUACAGCAGUCACAGAGUCACCGAAUCGGAUGGCGUGUCCGGCCGGAUCUGUCCAUGGAUAACAGCUCUCGGCGAGAACGCUACGGUAGAAAGGCUGACUAUGGAUCUCUCUUGCUUCAACCUGGAGGAGUGCAGGUCUCUCUUCAAGGCAAUCGCGUCCAACAAGUCCCUGAAGAGCAUCGCCGUGGAUCGUUUCUUACCCACGACCGAGAUAUGUAGGGCCCUGCGAGAGACUGGCCUGCUGGAACGCUUCUCCUUCUCCAGACCACACGUUGUCAGCGACCCCGUCAUCACACUCAGGGAGUGCAAGGAGCUGUCCUACAUCAGCAUCACCCCGACUGCCCUCAGUUUUUUCGACUCAUUUCAUACCGCCCUGGACUUGUUGCCUUCGUGCAAUCACGUGACAUCGCUGGCCCUCAGGGGAUUGCGGCUGCGGUUGGAGGACAAUACCAUGUCGUUGAUGGCACCGUACAUUAAGGCCACGAAGGUGCUCAGAUAUCUGAAAAUUAGCUCAUUCCCCAGAACCUCGUCAACCAUGGACCGUCCUGAGAGGCUACUGAUGCAAGCGUUGUGCUUCAACAACAGCAUACGCAAGCUGUUCAUUAGGGGGAUCUAUUUCGACGAGGUCGAGAUUCAGAUGCUCGUGGACAAGUUACAGGCCAGUCGGACGCUUUACAACCUGUCCUACCUACCGUACCUAGACAAGAGGUCGGCCAACCUGCUGACCCAGAAGCUGUCACCGAGAGUAUCAAGCAACUACACGCUCCUCGGCAUGCAGUUGUGUAGGUGCUGGCCAAUGCGCGACGACUUGUUCGCCAUUGGCAACGUCGUGCGCCGCAACCUAUCGCUUGUGACGCGCGCCGCGCACUUCGUCAUGGGAACGAGACACAGAUACUGCGCCGCAGCUGCCGAAUUGGUGCACUGGAACCCCGGGUUGGUGGCGAAAGUGCAGGCACUCGCAUCCGUCGACGAAAACGAGGCUGUGUCGCGAAUCGAGAACAGCGUCAAGAGCUUCUCCGAGUUGGACGACUUCAUGUGCGUGGCAGGUGUUGUCAAGUAUGGUGUGACUUGCCACAGACGCGAUGACGGUCAGCUGCAACUGACCGACCUCAGUCGAGACUGCUGGCUGCACAUACGGCAGUACCUGAAGAUGGGUGACAUCUUGGAUGCCUGGUAGGCUGCGGAUCUUUGUGUCCUAUGCUGUGGUCAAGUGCAGUGCAUCCAAGAUCACGCGAAUUCAUGCUGUGUCGUUUUCGCGCGCCACCUCUGCGCAACGUCCUGCGUGUACUGACUGGUGCAGUAUCUACUGUAUGGCGAGUUUGUACGCGUAACUUGCUACUCGAAACAUCAGUGCCUCAUUCGCGACUAAUAAUUUGGACAUUGGGUGAUCUCAAACAACUUUAUACGCUUUCAUUGGGUCAUUAAACAAGAGUUUCGUAAAGUAGUGACAAUUUGUGUGCUGUGAUUGAGUCGUCGACAGCUUGUGUGCGAUAU